ACCGAGCAGCGAGGCUCCAGAGAGAUGCACGGCAGAACUUUGGACUCUUCACUUGUUUGUUGUUGUUUUAUGACUGCGGAAGACCGAGCAACCAGCCGCUCUUAGAAACCAACGCGCAGGACUGGUCGGCCCUAACAUGUGAGGUGAAACGCUCAGAUGCCAUUUUACCCCACAGGCCCUCUGUGCUUUCAGUUUAGAUUUCCUCCGAAAAGCGUCAUGUGUGAAGUUGCUUAUGUUUGACUCUCAGCCACUGAUUUAAGAGCACAUGAUGGACGGUAAAAGGAGCAGUGGAGAUGGAGGGAGCGGAGAUCCAGAGGUCGAGGAUGAAUUUGCUUGCGCUGGGAUGCUGCGGGGAUCUCUAACUUCCAUGCACGGCACGGUUGAACGGAUAUUCCGGGUGACAUUUGGAAUCGGAGCGGACGAUUUGCCUAACAAGAACAAUGGUCAGAUAUGGCUGAAGCUACAUGGCUUGAGCAGCGACGUGAAAGCUGCAAAAUUAUUUGUUAAGGGAGUCGUAAAUCAGGAGGAGCAGCAGGAGGUCCCGUAUCCUGGGGCCCUCCACUGCAUCUUCUGUGGAGCCAGAGGGCUAUUCAUGGACAGCCUGAUAAAAAACACUUCCGCACUCAUUGUGGUGGGCUCGCCUGGAUUCCUGCUCAUAUCAGGUCUAGUCGAGCCGGUGGUGCGAGCCUACUCCCUGAUUGCAGCCCUAGUUGGGAGGUACAAAAGCACACAGUCCAGACACACUGAGAUGGGGGACAGAGGCUUGGGUGAGUCCCUGGAUUCACGAAGGGCCUUUAAAAAUCUGGUGGAGAGGUGGGAGGACAGACACAUUCUGGAUCUCCUCGUGCUGCCAGGAACUGUGAAGGAAAUCCUUCUGGAUUUGGUGAAAGAAUCAGGUCUUGGAUCAAGUCCAAGCCCAGCACUGACGCAUGAGAAAAUAGGUGCAAAAUCACAAAGGGAUUCCGGGAAUGAAUGGGACAAAUCCAGUGGGUCUAAACAAACACUCCUCAAUCCUUUAAGCAACACUGAUCAAUGGGCUGAAGGAAAUGAUGCAAGUUAUGAUUCUGCAGCCAAGGACUCACCUGUCCAAGAUUUUGUAUCUCCUGUAGACACCACAAGGAAGGCAGAUGGGGCUGAGGAAAGACUCUUGCAUUCUCCUCAGGAAGUGGGAGAAGAGGAGCAACUUGAGAAACAGGUAACAGGUGUCAAGGUGGACAAAGGACAAGGGAACAAUGAAGAGCCAGAACGGCAGAUGUCGAUGGGAAACAAGGAGUUCUGGCUUCUCUUAAAGUUCUUCACAGCCAUGGGGUACACAGAGGAUGUUGUAAAACGUGUCCUUAAAAAAACUGGACCUAAAGAGGCAUCGCAGAUUCUGGACUUGGUUCAACAGGAGCAGGAUCUGAGUGACCGGGAACAGAACAUUUGCAGUGGUUCAGACACAAAAAAACAAGACCGUGUUGCUUUGCAUCAGGGUAAAGAACAACCCUGUGAGACGGAGCACAAAGAGAACGAGGAUACAUGUACAGAUGUACAGGGGGCAGAACAACAGGAAGACUUUGUACUAGGGGUGAUGAAGAAAGCAGCUGCUACCUGUGGGUACACUGAGGAGAAUGUGACCAAAAUCUACAGCAUGUUGACUGAGGGGUCUACUCACCAGCUACUUCUGGAGCUGCAGAAAAAGGAGACCAGCGAGACAGAAGGCUUCAAGGACAAACCAAGAGAGAUUCAUGAUGUGUUGGAGAGAGAAGGACAAAAUGUCAGACCAGCUGAGACUGAAGCAAAGGGAGAAUUUGAGCUUUUUUUUCACAAAGAGAAAAGAGAAUCUGUUGACGUACAAACAAAAGUACCAAAGCGUUCAACUGCACAGCUACCAGAACCAGACUUGUCUGCCUGGAGGAAUAAACCACAGCAGCUGCCCACUAAUCAGUACACUUCACAGUCAAAUCAUCAACAGACUUUAGACACAUUAAGACUUCACCAAGAUGUCCUGCAGGAAGUCAAAGGGCCCCCCAUGCCUAUCUAUCCCUCGUCCCUGGAUCCUCCACUGCCUCACUCCUUUUACCCUAACAAGCAACAGGCCCAAACCAACUACAGGCCCGAUCCAGCCAUGUCCAAACAAAAGCAUCAAACUUACAUCAAUGCAUCAAACUCAAAACGCCACUCUGCAAACUCCUCAAAACAAGAGCAUCAAGCUCAGCCCGAAAUCUUCUUUGUUAAUGACCCACCCUCCACCAGAGCAAAGGAUAAACGGAGCUUCAUUCAGCCUUCAUCAGUGGUGGUGACAGGAGCGCAGCGCUUCCUGGAGGGUCUUCAGACGCCCUUUCAGCUAAAGCUUACAGACGAGCCUGGAAACCCAAACCUGAGGGCAAUCGUUAUCGAUGGGAGCAACGUGGCCAUGAGUCAUGGGCUGGGUAAUUUCUUCUCCUGCAGAGGAAUUGCUCUGGCCGUCCAGCACUUUUGGGACCGAGGCCAUCGUCACAUCAGUGCUCUGGUGCCACAGUGGAGGCAGAAGAGUGACCCUAAGAUCAAAGAGCAGCACUAUAUGAUGGACCUGCAGAACCUGGGCCUGCUCUCCUACACCCCUUCCAGGGAGGUUCAAGGCAAAAGGAUCAGCUCAUAUGAUGACAGACUAAUACUGCAGCUUGCACAAAGAACAGAUGGAGUGAUUGUGACCAAUGACAACCUGAGAGACCUCUCAGAUGAGUCGCCUGAAUGGAGGGACAUCAUCAAAAAGAGACUUCUUCAGUACACGUUUGUCGGAGAUCUUUUCAUGGUCCCAGACGACCCACUGGGCAGAGGAGGGCCUCACCUGGAUGAUUUUUUACAGACGCAGCACAGGACUCCUGAUCCAGGAAAUCACUCUUUUGCCGGUUUAGCCAGCACUUUUCCUACUUCCAAACCACCACGCUCCCAAACUGAACCCUUAAACUUUCGGGACCGGACACCUGGAGGUGCUCUGGAUGCAUCAAGUGUCGGUGGCCGAGGCAGAGGGAAACGAUGGGAAGCAGAUAACCAGCACAGGCCGCUCGGGACAGCCGGUCAUAGAACAGCGAUCAACCCGGACAGGAAUCCUGAAGAGACCGCUCGGCUGAGGGCGCAGCUGUUGACUGUCUUCCCAGGACAGGACAGCAUGGUGACGCUGGUGCUGCAGUGCCACGGGGCAGAGAAAGACAUAAAUAUGCUUUCUGAUCUCAUCUUAGAGCAGCAGAAGAACUAGAAAUCUCUUUAUUUAAUUUGAUAAAAUGUUUUCCUGCUAAAUUCCUUUGUUUUGUGCUAAAGCAAUUACAACUACACAUAGUUACAGAUAAUUCAUACUUAAUCUGAAAGCUGCAACAAAGCUUCAGUAUUACUGAGAACAUCUCCUCUGUAUUACCUUUGCCAGGACCUUUAUGUUUGAGUCUUAUUAUUUAUUUGAACUUCUGCUUUUAAUCUGAAACUUGAGUAAGCUGCCGCUUUGCACCUUGAAUUGGAAUUGCGCAUAUUCUCAGCAAUGAACCUACAAUUGUGAGCCCCUAAGACUGCAAAUACUGUGACUCCUCCAAUGAGUGUUCAAUAGUGUAUCUGCUAAUUACAUACGGCUCUGCAGCAUGUUUUAUUUUAAAGAUGAAUCCACAAUGAAACAGAUUUUUUAAAAACUACUACAUUGUCUUUGUAUUAGACUUGCAUCUACUAAACACAGCAGUUGGUUGAGUAAGCUCUGAUCUAGGGAUGGAGAAUUAUUAAUCCAGUUUUUAGUCACCCCGCUGAGCUGUGGAAAACUUAUUAAAAAAAUUAUUUUAGGAAAGAUUAAAACGUUUAAUGAAAGUCCUGCUGCUUUUUAAGAUAUGGCUCAGGCAAGGGUUUUCUGUGAUCAGUUAUAUACUCAGUAGAUCUCACUGUCCUGAAACCCUUGUUUCAGUGACUUGGUCAAAUAGACUCUUUUACUGAAUAGGUAAAUAGCCCAUAAAUACUGAGCCAUAUUACCAAUGUGUCUUUUGGGUUUGGCCAGCAUGCUUCAAAAUAAUUCUUUUUGAUCCUCAGAGGAUCAUUACUAAGCCAGGAGAUCCCUUCUCUUUUUCUUAUGCUUCAAAUGCUGAUUUCUUCGUAAGAUUCCAAUCAGGGAAAAUGCCAAAUAUUAACACGCAAACACAGUGUUAUGCGUGAACGCAGUAAAUAGCUGAUAAUCAGUGGUCCUUUAAUAAAUAACUUAUUACAUUGUGAGGUUUUUUGUUUGAUGUACUAAGAUUAUAACAAAAUGGGUUUCUGAAUAUUUAGAUUCUAUUUUUGAGAGAAAAAAAAAACUUUCUACAUUUACGCAUUUAAUGGCUAUUAUGCAGAAGUGAAAAAAAAAUAAAAAUACUGGGUGUAAGUGUAGACAAUUGUGUUGGAACCAAACCUUGCAACAUCCGCUACCUUUGGUCCCAUAUGUUUAAAUACAGUUGGGUUUGACAAUCAAGCUGUACAUGAUCCAACUAUGACCAAACCAUGAGAUAAUAGCAAAUCAAAAAUGUUAUUUUCAUAUGUUACUAUCUCACUAAUUUUUCCCUGAUAUUGAAAUAAUUUUACUUGCAUUGUUUAUAUCUGUACAUUUUAAGAGCUUAUUAAAGUUAUUCCAGUUUAA